AUGAACUUUUUCUUUCACUCGAUUAUCGCCUUUAACUCUUUCUUUCAUUCGAUUGUCGCCUUUAACUCUUUCUUUCACUCGAUUGUCGCCUUUAACUCUUUCUUUUAUUCGAUUGUCGCCUUUAACUCUUUCUUUUAUUCGAUUGUCGCCUUUAACUCUUUCUUUUAUUCGAUUGUCGCCAUUAACUCUUUCUUUCAUUCGAUUGUCGCCUUGAACUUUUUCUUUCACUCGAUUGCCACCUUUAACUCUUUCUUUUAUUCGAUUGUCGCCUUAAACUCUUUCUUUCAUUCGAUUGGCACCUUUAACUCUUUCUCUCAUUCGAUUGUCGCCUUUAACUCUUUCUUUCAUUCGAUUGUCGCCUUUAACUCUUUCUUUCAUUCGAUUGUCGCCUUUAACGAUUGUCUUUCUUUUUCUUUCAUUCGAUUGUCUUUUUUUCUUUCACUCGCCUUUAACUCUUUCUUUUAUUCGAUUGUCGCCAUUAACUCUUUCUUUCAUUCGAUUGUCGCCUUUAACUCUUUCUUUCAUUCGAUUGUCGCCUUUAACUCUUGCUUCUUCUGUUUUCUCUUUAUCUCAAUUCGUUAUUCCUGA